UAUCCAGUUCCCUUCGGUUCACACAAAGCGUUGUUUAUCAGGAAAAAUAUUUUCCCGGAAAGAGAAGGAAAGGAAACAGAGGGGGAGAGAGAAAAUAUACUUCUCGUUGAAACUAUUUGCAGGAAAAUCAGUUAGAAAACAAUGAGUUAUUACAAUCAGCAACAGCCUCCGGUCGGUGCUCCCCCUCCUCAAGGUUAUCCACCGGAAGGAUAUCCGAAGGACGCUUAUCCACCACCGGGAUAUCCUCCACAGCAAGGAUAUCCUCAAGGUUAUCCUCCUCAGGGAUAUCCUCCUCCUUAUGCCCCUCAAUAUGCUCAGGGGGCCGCCGCCUCAAAAACAGCAGAGCACUGGUUUAAUGGAAGGCUGUUUGGCUGCUCUGUGCUGUUGCUGCCUGCUGGAUGCUUGCUUCUGAAGAACCGAGCUUUUGCCGACCUUAAUUGAAUCAAAUGCUCCUCAUUUUCGCAUGUAUCUUUCCUCUUUUCUUUCUUCUUGUUUUCUUUAAUAAUUGAAUCGGCCCUUUGCUUGGAUUU